AUGGCUACCCAAGGACGUCUCGCUGGCAAGAAUGCCAUCAUCACCGGCGGUGCUGGUGGCAUUGGACUCGAAACCGCGAUCCUCUUCGCCCGUGAGGGUGCUAACAUUCUCCUUGCUGAUAUCUCCGAGCCUGCCCUUGCUAAGGCUGUGGCCAAGGUCAAAGAGGUCGUCCCUACCGUGAAGCGUGUCGAGACAAUCCGCUGCGAUGUGUCUAAGGAGGCGGACGUGCAGGCCAUGGUCGAGUCGCAGGACAGCUGGGGUGGUAUGGAUGUGAUCUUCAACAAUGCGGGCAUCAUGCACGCCGAGGAUGAUGACGCUGUUAGCACCCCCGAGAAGAUCUGGGACCUGACCCAGAGUAUCAACGUCAAGGGUGUCUGGUUCGGCUGCAAGCACGCUGUGCUGAGUCUGCGUCGCAACAAGAAGACCAAGGGUAGCAUCAUCAACACGGCCUCCUUUGUCGCUGUGAUGGGUGCUGCCACCCCCCAGUUGGCCUACACUGCCAGCAAGGGAGCCGUUCUUGCCAUGACCCGUGAACUGGCUAUCGUUCACGCUCGGGAGGGAUUCCGCUUCAACUCUCUUUGCCCUGGUCCCCUCAACACUCCUCUCCUCCAAGACUGGCUCGGCGAUGACCAGCCCAAGCGUUUCCGUCGUGAGGUCCACUUCCCCAGCGGUCGCUUCGGCGAGGCCGUCGAGCAAGCUCAUGCCGUUGUUUUCCUUGCCAGUGAUGAGAGCAGCUUUGUCAAUGGCACUGACUUCCUUGUUGACGGUGGUCUGAGCAAGGCCUAUGUUACCCCGGAGGGACCCGCUACUGUCGGCCCUAAGAACAACGCCCUGUAA